UCCUCCUGUGCCGUCAGCUGUGUGGUGGCAGGGGGACUUGGCCAAGCUUUUAAAAGCUGAGGGAUGGAAAAUAAACUCGAUCAAAGCAACGCUGCAGAAAAUAAGCCUGCCUGGGAAGAGUGUGGCCUCUUCUGCAAGGUAGGGGGAGGAUAUACCUUGAGUGAGGACACCGGACCCAAAGAUCCAUAUCCCAUUCCACGAAAGAUUAUGGCUGAACCAGACUAUAUAGAUGAUAACAAUCCUGAGUUAAUUAGACCUCAGAAAUUAAUUAAUCCUGUGAAGUCAUCCCGGAAUCAUCAAGAUCUCCAUAGAGAAUUGCUUAUGAACCAGAAAAGGGGUCUUGCACCUCAGAACAAACCAGAGCUGCAAAAGGUGAUGGAGAAGAGAAAACGAGAUCAAGUUAUUAAACAACAAAAAGAAGAAGAAGCACAGAAGAAGAAAUCAGACCUGGAAAUAGAGCUACUGAAACGGCAGCAGAAACUGGAGCAGCUGGAGCUUGAGCAACAGAAGAUUCAAGAAGAGCAGGAAAAUGCACCUGAAUUUGUCAAAGUCAAAGGCAACUUGAGGAGGACGGUCCAGGAAACAGCAGAAGCACCAGACUCCUAGAGCCAGCUCCUGCUUAGACUUCCAGUGUUCCGGUGGUGAUUGCAGAGAGGCUUCUGCAGGUUGUCUCGGAUUUGCCCUGAAAAGAGAGAAUAAAAACAUCCAGGUGACACUUGCCGAAGAACAGAUUUUUUUUUUUUUUUUCCCUUUCUUUAAUUCCUGGAACGUAUGGAUUAAAAAGACUGUAACAUAAACAGAUUGACUUGCCAAACGCAGUCCUGAGACCAAUGGAUAAGGAGUCUCUUUGUCAAUUCGGUGUUGUGGACCAGUCUGAAGUGCGUACUCAGAGAUUUUAACCAGGGACACUAGAGAAACUUCUUCAGUGUUGCACUGCUUUAUCUCUUGUGAUCCUAGUUUAAUGGAGAUACCCAGAUUAUAUUUUGCUUUAAAACAAAAUGAAAAUCCUUUUGCUGUGCCCUGCAUGCUUGUGUAUAGCCACAAUAAUUUGCAUUUAAUUCAAAUUUGGAUCAAAUCUGGGAGGAAAUGAGGUAUUUUGAUCAUCGCUGCCCACCCAUGCCAGGAUAGAUAAGUGUGAGGGAGAUAAGAAUGCUUAAAAUUCACCAGCAAUGAACAGCUAAGUAACCUUAAAGACCAGUUCUCCCUGAUGAGAAUGUAGAAUUUGGGCUAUGAAAGAGCAGAAAUCUGAUGAUCCUCCCACUGGGGAAAAUCACCAAGCUGAUUUCUCUCCUUCUUUAAACUUUUCCCUUACAAUACUGUGUACAGGCUUGUGCCUGUGAAUUUAGCUCUGUCAUUUCUUAAUGCAAAAGGGUAUGUCACAGUUUUCGUUUUGAAAUCCUACUUACUUUGCUGUUGUGGCCUUUCUCCUCCAAGGACAUGCUGAUCUGAAUACAGUAUUAACACAUGA